AACUACACGCCUGAUUGGCACCACUAACUAAGUUAGAUAUUAGUUCUGAAACAAAAUUACACAAGUUAAAAGCAAAAUGAAAUAAAAUGUUGGUGCUCCUCCUAAUACUAUUCUCUUCUGUGACCGCUGACAGUGAUGAGAAUAAAUACGUCGACUUCUUACCAGAAGAUGAGAAACUACAGUUCAUACAGCAAGUAGCUAGACGUAUAUUAAAAGAUGUACAAAGUCAGGAGAAUAAAACAGAAGCGACAAGCAAAGAAAUCGAUGAUGAAAUGCUUAAGAAACACAAUGAAUACGUCAAAGCUAUUUUGAAAGAAGAAUCGGAAUAUGUAAGAAGAAGGAAGAGUGAGAAAGAUAAAUUAGAUAAACCAGCUUCUGAUGAAACUGGUAAUGCUUUUGAUAGUGAGAAAAAAGCUGUCCCUGAUGAUGAUGAUGCUGGACAAGUUGAUCUGACUUUACGUAACGAUAGGAGAGGUAACGCCAAUCCUUCAGAUUCUAACGAUUACAUCAAAGUUGAGAUCAUUACUGAUGAACCUCCUAUUAUUAAGAGGUCAAUCCAGGAAGAUGCUCCUACUAAAAAUGAUGAGAGUGACGAGACCUCAGCAGAGGUUUUAGACAGAGUGACCUCAAAUGUAACCUCAAAUAUAAAAACGGAAAAUUUUGGCGAUAGUACUGUUGUAGCACCAACGCGAACGACGACAGAAACUAUUGUAGACUCAACAACUUUGAUACCAGAAACUUCUACAGAUAGUAAAAGUGAACAUUUGGAAGAAGACACAAACACUACUGAUGUAACGGAGACUGACAAUAAAGUCACUGAGAAAGAAGAAACUACAACUGUAGCAGUAACAACAGAAGAUAAAGAUCACACAGAACUAGCAAAAGGCAGAAACAGUGGUUCUCAAGAGACUGAAGCAGAAGGCAAUAUAAGUGACGCUGAAGAGUCAUGGUCAAGAAGAUCAAACAGCGAAAUUAAUAUAACAGAAAUUAAUAACACAACAGCUACUACUUCAGCUAUAGAAUUAUUUGGUCUUAAAUCUGCAGAAAAGAACUUAGAUGAAUCUAAUAAUAAAUCUAGUGAAGAAACUACUACUAUUGAUGAACAGGACACUAAAACUACUACAGAAAUAAAUAAAGUAGAAUCCGCAAACAAUAAUCUUACGACAGUCAAAGAAGAUGGACUAGAUAAACCCAAAAUGAGAGCUACCAAUGAAACAGAUACUAAAGAAGAAGUUACAACAACAGAGAAUACAUCAACAACAACAACUGUCGCUGAAAGAACAACGAAACCUGUUCCUGUAACAACUGAAAUCGAAAAAUCAACAACCAGUGAUCCACUAACAACAGAAUCGACCAAUAAAACAACAGAAAAGAAGAUUAUAGUAGAAGAAUUCACUUCACCACCGAAAAAGCUUAAAAAGAAAAAAGUUAGAAGCAAAGAUGGUAAAAAAGUGAUCAACCAGAGGGCUUUAGACCAAUCAAAAGAAUUCUCCCCUCAAAUUAUGGAAGACAGUGGCAAAUACAUUGAGACGGGAACAGAAAAAAAUGCUAGAAUCAAAUUGCAUAAGCUUGAGAAGGUCUUCUUAGGACCAAAAGGUCAGAAGGAGGAGGAAGCAGAAGCAGAAGAAGAAGAAGGCGAUGUUAUAGAAAAACCGAACCCAGAUAAGAAUUUUAUUGAACUGGAGAAAGUUUAUUAUGACAAUAAUUAUAAAGUUAAAAAAGGGAAUACCUAUCAAGUUUAUGAGAUUGGUGCCGACAAAACACCAUUUAUAAAAGAAGAACUGUCGAUGGUAGAGCAGCCAUAUUACGUUCCAAUAUACAACUAUUCACCGAACAACGCUUACUUUAACCCGGAAAACCGUCUAGGCCCAAAUCCAGGCGAUGCCAGCGUAGAAAAGCAAGAUGUUGAAGGUGACGAUGAGGCUGAGGAAAGACCACCAACUUUAAGAGCGAAAUCAGAAAAGUUUGAUGAUUCUGCUAAUUCUGAUGACUCUGAUGAAAGCGAUGAUGAAGAGGAACCAAGUAAUAAUAACCAAAAGCCUGUUGAUAUGGAAUACAACGACUCAGAUUUCGAUGACCAACGAAAGAAAUUUGGCAGUAAACAGGGAGACACUUUUCAUUUACACAGUAUUCAUAAACAACCGUUGUUUAAUCACAAACAAUACAUAAGUAAUCACGAUCAUAAAAAACAUAGCUACCAAGUAAACCCUGAAGAUUAUGCAGAUAAUGAUUAUUAUUUCGGCCUCAGAAAUUAUAAACGGAGAGUUAAUCAAGACGAGCAUAAAAACUUCCCGAAUUCCAAUGAAAAUGAUCAUCCUGCUCACAGCAUACAGGAAGGUAGUCUCAAAGACCAUGUCAGAGCAGUCAGAAAUAUUCUGUUCCAUCAAAAAUCUUUCGGUCUCCUAGACAAAGAUAAAUACGGUCAUGAAGGUAUGGAAGAUCGUUCUAAUCAUCAUAAAUCAGGUUUAAGACAACUCGAGGUAGGUAGGUAUAAGAAGAAACAUAAGGCUUUAAGAUCUGGUGAGCCUGUACCUGAGAAACAAGUCAAACAUGAUCGUGAUGGUUAUAAGAAUAAAAAACAACUGACAGCUAAAAAACAGAAGCAACAUAAAGUUGAAAUAGAAAACCAAACUAUAUUGGAAACUGAAACUAAAGAUGACGACAUUCUAGAGAAAGAUGAACAUAUAAAAAAGGUUGGUUACUUAAAGAGUAACAACGGCACAAAAGAACUAUACGUAAUAGACGAUUAUUUCAAGAAGAAUGUCCAGAAGUAUAUACAGAAGAACGUAGAGGAUCAGAAUGUAGAGAAAGAGAGAAAAGAAAGGAAAGAAAGACAGAAUGACUACAAUGAACUGAAGCCAGCCACGCCACUGCCACCACCACCUUCACCACCCCCGCCACCCCCACCAGUAUUACCACCAGUAUUAGAAUAUGUACCUGUACCUAAUCCAGAACCAGAAAAUAUUACAGAAAUACACAGUAACGAGUUAGCAAUUGAAGAACUAAGUGGGGAUACACAUAGACUCUCAAGCAUAAAUAGUUUUGGCAAUAUGCAAAGCUUUUCAGCAUACAACGCCAAUAAAAAACAUGUUUUUAAAAGAAAAGAAGAAAAGAAACUGAGGGGAAUCAACAAAUAUGCAGAAGACGGUCCUCAAGAGCCUUUACCAGAAAUUGUUAUCCCUGGAACUGAUACUAAGGCUCAAGACGACAUAGAUCCGCUUGAUAACCAGCAAGAAAUCAAAUCAGCGUUGCUUAAAGAAUUGCCUGGAGGAGAAGACUUAAAUAUAAAUAGCAGAAGAAAGGAUGGAGUCAAGCUAGGUGUUUAUCUACAAGUGCUGAAAGAUAUGAUCAAUACUGAUAGUAAUGCGUUGAAACAGUAUGAUUGGUUAGGCUCCACGGUCGAUAUACAGUCGGCUUUGCAGAAAAUGUUUGACUUGACCGGUCUAGUAACAGCUCGACGCAAGGUCCAUCCAGCAGACAUGGAACUCUUAAAAUACGUGCUCUUCCUUCACAAACUGGCGACAGAAAUAAUUCAGGCAAAUGAUUUUGGAGCGCAGUUGAAGAAGAAUUUGGUACUCAAUCGAAAUAACAAGAGUGUUCUAAAGGACAAGGGUUUGAUAAACAAAGUUUGGCUGUAUCUUAGGAAGAAGGUUCCUGAUGUACAUGAGAUAGGAGCCAUGAGGAAACUCAAUAAGUUCUUGAUGAGUAUUGAAGAUGGACUGUUUGAGUUGCAUGAUGCAGUGAAGAACGUAGCAAAAAUAACGAAAUACAAAAAUCAGCAUUGGUACGACAACUUAAAAGACCUUUAUAUAAAUACAGAAGAUAAGAAUCUUCUUGAACUACUUCUCCAUAUGACAGUUCUUAGAGUAUUUGUGCUGAUAGAAGAAGGCACUAAGCACGGUUUAGAAGAUAACUACAUAUUGUACAUGAAGAAGAAUAAGAAAGAAGCAAAAAGAACUUUAGAUGAAAUUAUAUUUGUAAUGCAGAUUUUGGAUGAAUAUAAUAAAUUAGUUCGAUAAUG